GCUGUAGCUAAAAUUUUCUUGCACCCUGCCCAGCUCGUCGUUAUUAUGAGAACAAAUACUCAUAAACUUGCAUUUUGCAUUAAUAGUUUUCUUUAAAUUAAUUGUUUUACUGUUGGUCAACACGAACAUAUAAAUGAUUUGUCUGUUGUUCAUUUAAAUGUUGGACAGAAGGUGCUGCAGGCUCAUUGUAACAUGACAUAAUCUACAUUUAUAUUUAUGCCAUUUGCUUGGUCGGCAAAUUUUGUCCAUCACUUUCAAAGUGUUUGUUUCAUUUUUAAUUCGUAUUUUUAAUUGUUUACUUUUGAAACAGAUAAAAUCACUGAGCACUAUGGCUAUGCAAGACAUGAUAAAUAAAAUGAAGGGUACAGCGUUAGGAGUUGCUGAAUAUCUUACUCCAGUUCUCAAGGAAUCCAAAUUUCAAGAAACAGGUGUACUUACACCGGACGAGUUUGUGGCAGCAGGAGACCACCUUGUUCAUCACUGUCCAACAUGGCGUUGGUCUUCUGGAGAAGAAUCAAAAGUGAAGGGAUAUUUACCCAAGGAAAAGCAAUUCCUUGUUACAAACAAUGUACCAUGUUACAAACGAUGUAAGCAGAUGGAGUAUGUAGAUGAAAAUGAAACAAUUGUUGAGCCUGAGGAUGAAGAUGGUGGAUGGGUCAGCACGCACAAUACAGAUAUUUCAUCGAAUCAACAUUCAAACACGACGCAAGACGAGAAAUCCGCUGAAAUUGAACUUGAUUCAGAUAAAAAUGUGAAGGUUGUUGUUGGAGACGAUGAUGAUGACGAUGACGAUGACGAAGAAGCUGAGGAUAUGGAAGAAUAUGAAGAAAGUGAAGAUCUGGAAACUGAUGAGGCGACUUUAGAAGUUAAAAAAAUAUCUCCUAAAGCUGAAGUGGAUGUAAGUCAUUCAAAUGAUGGAAUUCUUCAAACGAGAACUUAUGAUAUGUAUGUGACGUAUGACAAAUAUUACCAAACACCAAGAUUAUGGCUCUUUGGAUAUGAUGAGAUUCGCAAACCUCUUUCAGUUGAAGAAAUGUACGAAGACAUGAGUCAGGAUCAUGCAAAGAGAACUGUUACAAUAGAGUCCCAUCCUCAUUUACCCACCACUAUGCCUUCAGUCCAUCCUUGCAGGCAUGCUGACGUAAUGAAGAAAAUUAUUGAAACUGUUGCUGAAGGUGGCGGAGAGCUUGGUGUUCACAUGUAUCUUUUGAUAUUCUUGAAGUUUGUACAGGCUGUAAUUCCAACUAUUGAGUACGAUUACACGCGUCAUUUUGCAAUCUAGAAAUAUUUGAAUUAAGACAAAGCAAACUACUGUGAUUGAUGUUAUGGUGAUUGGAUGGUUUAGUUUAAUAGAUCGACGACCGACUGACAUUCAUUACGUUAUCUAUUUUUCAUGAUAUGCAUACAAAACAAUCAACAAAUUCUUUGUAAUAUAUAAUAGUGUAUUUGUUGUUAGUCCAGAAAUUUUGCUCGUAAACUCAUACUUAAUAAAUAAGCUUAAAACUUUUCAACCUGUAAGUUAUGGUUAUUUUUUGCGAGACAUGAAUAAUAUUGUAGAUGUAAA